CUCGGCAGCGGCUGCGGGAUGCGCUCGGAGAAGGAGGCGGCCAGAGGCCCCGGGGCGGCUCUUGCUGCGCGGGGCCCGAGCGGGCGGGAGAAGCCGUCGGCCAUGGAAGUCCAGUUCCGCCGGGAGUCACCGCCUACCACGUCCUCCGGCUGUGGGGGUGGCGCAGACAAACCUCGCGAGGAGAAGAGGACGGUCCUGAGCAAGGUGGUCAUCCGCCGGCUUCCUCCCAGCCUCACGAAGGAGCAGCUGGAAGAACAGCUGCACCCACUGCCUGCGCACGACUACUUUGAGUUCUUUACUGCCGAUCUCAGUCUUUUUCCUCAUCUCUACUCAAGAGCAUACAUUAAUUUUAGAAAUCCUGAGGACAUCCUUCUUUUUAGAGAUCGUUUUGAUGGAUAUAUCUUCAUUGACAGUAAAGGCCUAGAAUAUCCUGCAGUGGUAGAGUUUGCUCCAUUCCAGAAGAUCGCCAAAAAGAAGCUAAAGAAGAAAGAUGCCAAAACCGGAAGCAUUGAAGACGAUGCAGAAUACAAGAAGUUCUUAGAAGCUUACUGUGUGGAGGAGGAGAAAGCCGCUGCCAGUCCUGAGACUCUUCUGGGGGACAUAGAGGCAAAGACAAGAGAACUUAUUGCCAGAAGAACCACGCCUCUUUUGGAAUAUAUUAAGAACAGGAAGUUAGAGAAGCAGAGAAUUCGAGAGGAGAAGCGGGAAGAACGAAGGAGGAGGGAGCUGGAAAAGAAACGCCUGCGGGAAGAAGAAAAGAGAAAAAGAAGAGAGGAGGAAAGAUGUAAGAGAAAAGAGGCUGACAAGCAAGAGCGAGCGGCAGAGAGAGAAGUGAGGAUUAAGCUGCUUAAGAAACCAGAAAAGGGAGACGAAUCAACCACUGAGAAACCAAAAGAAAGAGGAGAAGAAGUCGAUGUUGGAGAUGGAAGACAGGAGCCCUGUCCCAGCUGUGCCGUCAUGAGGCCCAGGCCCCCAGAGAGCUUGUGGGAGGAGCCCAGGGACAAGUCACAAAAUGACAGUGAUAAAGAGCAGAGGGAUGUGGAGAGAAGAUUUCGAGAAAAAGAACUUGAAACACAAAGAUACCACUUGGAUGAGAGCAGAAAGCACAGAGCUCACUAUGAGUUUGAGCCGAAAUGGGGGAAAGGAUUCACCCCAGACAGAGGGAAGAAAGGGAGCCAGGACGACGGGGUCCCUGUGGAGGCCACAGAGAGACCAGCGGGGGAGCAGAGGAGCGCGGGCGGCCCCAUGCCCAGGAAGGAGCGCAUGGGAAACAAGGACCGGCCAUCCUUGCAGCUCUACCAGCCGGGCACUCGCAGCCGAGCACGCGAAUGUGGCGGAAGACCCUCUGAGGAGGGCCGUGCCGGGAGGAGGGGCGAGGCCGAGGAUUCCGCAGGGGCUGGUGCCAAGAGGAGCGAAGAGGCAGAGUGAGUGGACGCGCACACGUUUGUGACACAGUGAGCUUCCAUUCGACAUUCUGUGGAUUUGAAAAGGCAUCCGGAAAUAUAUAGAUUAGCCUGGAAUAUAACAUGCAAGUACAUUACUUCUUACAAAGAAACUAGGAACAGGAACUAUAAAAGUGGCAUAGAAACAUCUAGAAACCAUUCUUUAGAAAGGAGCAAUCUUUUUAAAAAUUGAACCAAGUUUUCAUAGAUUUUACCAUUUCUAAUACAAACUAGUAAAUAUCAUUUAGCCAAAACAGAAGAUAAUGUCUUUUGGAAAGUAAAGUGUGAUCAGAGCUGGGGAGGAGACGAGCCUCGUGUGAGUUCCAAGCACUCGACGUGUGUUAGGAAUAGCUCAUACUGAGUUUGACGUGUUUGUGAGCAGGUGGUCUGUGGGGAUCUGUGUCCUUGUGCCUCUUGCUGGUUUUCCACGAGCUGUGGUUUCUGGGAAGUGAGCAUCUCUCAUUCCCUCCCAGCCUUUGUAAUUGAGCCCUUUCUGCAGCUUCUGUCACUAGCGGCUGGAGUCCCUCUGAUAGGAACCCUGAGACCAGCUUCAGUUGUUAUGUUACAGCCUUUUAACAAUGUGGCCACUGACUUGAUGAAAACAGUGUCACAGUCUUUUCAUGGAUGUUCUCGUGGUUUGUAACCAUUAUGCUCUGAAGAUUGCUGAGAACAUAAACAGCAUUAUUUGGGACAGGGAUAACUUCGAUGGGGCAUCGAGGGUUUUUCUUUUUGCAGUCUGAGGCAGUUUUGUUUUAAAAUGAGUUAAUGUAGCUUUCUGCAACUAUGCAUCCUACAGUAUUUUUUUCUUUUAGUGAAAUUUUUAAAUGUUAAUGUAUUUUUGGCACUAUGCUUUAAACCAUUUAUUGAAUAAAAAUUUUAGUUGAUAUGAAUAUAAUGUCCAGUUAUGGUACUUUUCCAACAUAGAAUUUUAGAUAAUAAAAUAUUGCUUUUUAAAAUGUAGCUUUAGUUAUCUGAAUAUUUGGCUGAUUAUAUCUAUUCCUUAUUAAAUAUGAAAUGUUUAUCACAAAACUAAGAAUUACUCAUUUAUCAUUAAAAUUCAUCUGUGACUGUUGGAUGUACAGUCAGUUUAAUGGCAUUGCUGUGCCCUCGCUCUUGACUCCUGAGCACCAAGAACUUGGUGGGGGAGGGGAGGGAAGGACUUGCUGUGGAUUCAGUGAGGUCCGUGUGAUCCAGUGGUGCCAGCCCUGGCUGAAGUGGGCUAGAUAGUAAAUAUUUUAGACAUUGCAGGCUCCAUGGUCUCUGUCAUAACUCCUGAACUCUGCCGUUGCCGGGAGGAAGCAGCCUUGGACAGUGUGUCAGUGAAUGCCAGGGCUGCGUUCCAGUAGAACUUUACUUAUGGAAACAGGCAGCAGGCCAUGUUCGGCCUGCGGACCACUGUUUGCUGACCCCUGCUCAGAGGAUGGAUCAGAUUGGAGCUCCUGAACCAUCAGCUGCUGUGGUCCUCACUGCUCGUUUUGGCUUUGAUCUGGAGACUUCCAGACUGAAGAGUCUGGGACGUAGUAAAUCUCAUUUCUAAGCCCCCAUCUUAGUUCUCUUGGUUUGUUGGCUUGUUUGUAUUGGUGAUCAAAGACCUGGGGUGUUGAGUGCUCAUUUUCAAAAUUUGUGGUUUAAAACAAUGGUUCUCAUACUUUUUAGUCUCAGGAACUCUUUACAUUCUUAAAAAUUAUUGACAACCCCAAAGAACCUUUAUCAACUAGGUUAUAUCUAUUGAUGUUUACCAUAUUCAGAAUUAAAACAGAAAUGUUUAAAGCACAAGAAUACAUAAAGAUGUGCUGCAUUUAGCUGUCAGAGCAAUAACGUCACCACACGUCAUGUAGCGUCUGGAAAACCCUGCUGUGGGCCUGUGAGGGAGCAGCGUGAAAGGCACGUCGUGUCCCAGUCUUAGCAUAGAAGUCGUCACACCCGCGAGAGAGACCGUGAGGGUGAGGUGGGAUCCCCGGAACUUCCUCCUGCCUCGGACACGCCCAGCGUCCAGCCACACACAGAGGAGGUCCCUCGGAGAAAAAUCCAGAAACGAGCCGAGUGACUCCCACAUGUCAGGCGGAUGAGGAGACGCCACAUCGAAGCAGGUGGGAGAGGCUGGGGCACUCUCGCAGAUUUGCUUCUAUUCUGUUCUAUCUUUAAAAUUAAGGACAUGUCAGACUAAAGUGAAUUAAGUAGGUACUUGAGCUAUUUGAUCUGUGUUAAUAGAUUAAUAGCAAAAAAGAAAAAGGAAAAUGAGAGAAAAAAGU